AGUUACAGGAUUUAGUCCGGAGUAUUUUUUCCUGUAAGUUCAUGAAAAGUGUCAAACGAUCAGCUGAGUUACAUAUCAGCUGAUUUACAGAAAGCGGUGAAGUCAAAUAAAUUUAUACAUUUGUUAAAAAAAUGGAAGUAAACAACGAAUUAUUGGAAAAUGCAAAUCAGUGUGGUGCUAAUGAAGAUUCUGGAGGUGUGUGCGUUUUACACACAAGUAAUGAAAUAUUCGAAGAUUCAAGAAGUUCUGGUAAUGACCAGGAGGAUUCCGAACAUAACAACAUUUUACAUACAAUUGUGGCAGAGCUCGUGGAUUCAUCAAGCGAAUCAGACGACGAGAUUUAUCAACUGCUUGCUGGGAAUUCUGACAGCGAAGAUGCUGCUGUCAUUGAACAAAUUUUAAAAGUUACUCGACGAACACCCAGAAAUUGUAUAAAAAACUACUUUGAAUGUGUAGUACCCACAUACACCGACAAAGAAUUUGUUACACAUUUUCGUAUUACGAGGGAGCUAUUUAACAAUUUAGCAAUGAAAUAUGAGGGAAGCAACGUAUAUAGAAAUCUGCGCUCCAAUAAGAGGUUUUCAGCAGACAAAAGUUUAGCUUUGUUUCUGUGGUUUGCCGGCCAUGAAGCGUGCAGUUUCCGCGACUUGGCCGACCGCUUCGAUGUAACAAUUUCUAGCGUUUCCCGUACGAUUGAAAGACUGACAGUUUUCAUUAGUAGAAUGAGCCCAGAGUGCAUUAAAUGGCCCAGCACUCAGAGAAAGCAAGAAACCGCCAAUUAUUUCGCGAAGUUUGGAUUUUCAAAAGCAAUAGGCUGUAUAGAUGGGACGCACAUUGUAAUUGACCCCCCUGCUGAUCGCAAAGACGAUUACAUUGAUAGAAAAGGCAACGUGACACUUGAUCAAGCCACGACAGUUGGGUUCUCCAAAACUCUCCCGUAUUUAGGAAUUUAUCAUUAUUAUGCGGAGACUAUUAUAUACUAGGAGAUUCGGCUUAUCCUUGUAGUGACUAUAUAAUAACACCAUUCAAAGACAACGGACAUUUAACUAGGGACCAAAAAUAUUUUAACAUACAACUUAGCAAAGGCCGUGUUGUUGUAGAAAAUUCGUUUGGCAUAUUAAAACAACGAUUCAGGCAACUAUACUACUGCAAAUUGAGGGGAAUGAAAAAGUUGUGCCAUUUCAUAGGAGCAUGUUGCGUACUACAUAAUAUUGCCAACGAAAACGAUCUAGAGUUUAUGGACGAACACAUUAAUAACGAAUCCAUUGGAGAAGUGCCCAGCAACGAACCAAAUACAAGCAACCGAG